AGUACAGCCUGAGUCCGCAUGCGCUUUAUCUUAGAAAGAAAACUCAUCGGCCAUAUUGGUGUGUUGUAUUGUUCGCUCAGUAAUUCCGAAGUUAAAUAAGCAGAAAGUGCAUCAUGACGGAUUCUAUGAAAUUUGGUCCAGAGUGGUUGCGCAACUUGUCAGGAGACAGUUGUAGUAGCGGCGGGGGUGGUGGAGGAACAACAAAUCUAAUAACUCCUCGCUAUCAACUGGCCGAGCAUAGGUACGGUCGUGAAGAGAUGCUCGCCCUAUUCGAUCGUAACUGCAAGCCACCGGAACACCUGCCCAGCCUCCAUAUUUUCAUUGAAAAAACUCAACUUCCAUUGGCGCUUAUACCGAUGACAGAAGAUGAAACGAGGCUGUGGAACGGCGGAAUAGCUACGCUCACUGGUGCAGGAAGAGGAAGAGGCGGCAGCGUUGAUCGUGGAGGGCGCAUAAGAACUGGUCGUGGUAUACUGUAUUCCUAUCAUCCACGUGGAAUUGGUUACGAUGAUUCGGGAGAUGGGAAUCGUAUAGAAUCACAAUCCUAUCAGUCAAGAAGCCGAGGCUUUGAUAGAUCACAAAGUGAACGAGGCUGGUCAGAGAGAAACGGUAUUCCGGAUCCGGGCGAGUGGAAUGGUUCGACGAGUCCGAGAAAGGAGUUGAGUAGAGGAACUAGUGGAAGUUCACUGAUGGAGGGUAAUUGGCGAAGACAACGUACAGCUGGCGAAGACGAGGAAGGUUGGCGCGUAACGUCGCAUCAUCGGGGCGAAAAGUGGGUAAGAGGCAGUUGGCGCGAUGGGGGUGGCUUGGACAGGGCUAGAAUGGACGGCGAGGGAGAAGAUAUUCGAGGUGGCAGUGGACGCUGGGAUCCUAGGGGAGGUCACAGAUCAUCUCACGAUUCGUCUCAUCAUCACCCAACUCGCACUUCCCGUACCUGGGAACCCAAUCAUCACGACAUCCAUGACAAUCUGCCUGAAUGGGCUACCGAGAAUCCUAGUGAGAGUGGUGGAAGUUUCGAUGCCUCGGGAGCAUUUCACGGCGGAAUGUAUUCGGACGACGAUGAGGAAGGUGGCGUAGUUGGAAGUGGUGGAGGUGGUCAAGGAGUGAUUAGAACGAGACGCGUUUCUGAAGGAAAUGCGACUGGGAAUAGUGGAAGACCGAGUAGCAAGCCAUUGCCGUAUAGCAAUAACUCGAAUCAGGUCCAGAACGUGACUCGUCAUGGGACUACAACGUCGAGUCCGGCUAAUCGCGAGAGGCCGAAAUCUCUUCAUCCUUUCGAGGAUAAAACUACUCCGAUUGAACAGGAGAGAAGAAGUGUUUCACCUACAAAAGCUUUGACGAUUCCGCAGCAACAGCAGCAGCAGCAGCAGCAGCAGCAACAACAACAACAAUUGCAACAGCAACAGCCUCCAAACAAGCCAUCACCACCUUCGACGGGUAUAUCGACGCGAAAAGUUCAAAGCUCAGCAAAUCUCGUAAAGGUAAAUGAGAUUAACCCAACCGCGGGGCCUCAACGUUCGAAAUCAUUCGUUGAGCAACCACAUCGGAAAUUGCCUGUAAAACAAGAAAUGAAUACUCACGAUCCUGCGAUAUUAGCGACCAGCCAAAAAGCUCCGAUUCCACCGGAACCACGUAACGUUACCACCAACGAGAAUGUCGAUAAUUCUUUACAAAAACCCGACGAUGAUUUUGAUCGAAUGAAGGAAGAAGCUGAUAUGCUCGUCGCCAAAUUAAUGGCAGACGAAGAGAGUCACAAAGAAGAAACAGCCAACGUUGUACCCAAUUCAGCGAGCAAUCAUGUUCCCCCCAUGCCAGCCAGUGGACAGCAGGAAAAAUGGUUCUAUCGUGAUCCCCAAGGUGAAGUCCAAGGACCUUUCUUGGCUAACGAAAUGGCCGAGUGGUGUAAAGCUGGAUAUUUCACCGCAGGUCUCAUGGUCAGAAGAACUUGCGACGAAAGAUACGCGACGCUCGGUGAUCUAAUGAAAAUGUGCGGUGGACGAGUACCCUUUGCACCCGGACCACCUAUACCUCCUCUUAAAAUGACGGAAUCGUUGCCUAUACCACCUGUCGUACCGAAUGCUGUACCGGCUGGAAUACCUGGCAGUGCCUUACCCAAGCCUGGAAUGGAAAACCCUCUUCUUUUAUUGCAAUAUCAGCAAAUGCGAUUGCUGCAAAAUCAGCAGUUACUAUUGAGACAAUUGAAAGCCUCGGCAAUUGCAAAACUUUCACAAUCCGAUCAUUGGGCUACGUUGAGCCCCGUUGAACAGAAUCAAUUGAUACUUCAGUACGUUAUGCAAGAUUCUGAAGUUCGGGAUAUGCCGUUAUCAACUGCUCAUACAUUUGCACCUUUGCUUGCCCCACCACCCACCAAUCCUGUUAUGCAAUUGUUCAAUCAAAUGCAACAGGCAAAGUCUCAAGCCGACAAUCAUCAUCCAUCGAAUCCUCAUACAGCCCCGCCGGUUCAUCCCGUAGAACCUGUUGAUCCGAUUCAACAGCUUAUUCAGCAAAUGGGUGGCAUACAGAAUCUUCCAACACCUCCGCAAACUAAUUUGAGUCCUCAGAUACCGGUUCCUCAGCCACCGCAGGAUGACAAUCCGAUAAAAUCGCUGCUACGUCAACUCAAUGUAAGCGCCAAUGGACAUCCUCAGGCACAUCCGAUGGAGUCAGUGUGGCCUCAACCGCCACCACAGAUGACGCCCCAAUUUGCCACUCAAAAUUGGCUUGCUCAGGUUGGACCAGUACCGACAAUGCCACCUGGCCAAAUGCCCAACUCGUUGUGGGACUUACAUACUAAAGAAAUGAAGACUGAACAACAGAUAUUAGAGGAGCAGAAUAUUAGGUUACAAGAAGAUAGAAAGAAGGAAGAACUCAGGAAGCAGGAAGAAUUACAGCGUCAAGCCGAGGGCGAAAGCGCGAAGAGGAAGUUGGAGGAGGAUCAAGCUCGACAAAUGGAGGAAGCGAAGCGUAAAGAAGAAGAUAAAAAGAGAAAGGAGGAGGAAAAGAGACGGAAGGAGGAGGAGAAACGUAAGCAAGAGGAAGAGCUGAAGAAAAAGGAGGAGAAAAAGCGUAAGGAGGAAGAACGAAAACGGGAGGAAAAGCGUAAACUGGACGAGGAAAACAACAGGAAGAAACAAGAGGAGGAGAAAAAGAAGCGGGAAGAGCUCAAAAAACAGGAAGAGAAGUUGAGAAAAGAGGAGGAAAAACGGAAGAAACUAGAAGAAGAGCAAAAAAGACAAGAGGAAGAGAGACUUAAAAAUGAGGAAGAAGCUCGUCAGAAAGCUGCGGCCGAAGAGCAAGCUCGUCGAGCUGAGCAAAGACGCCGAGAGGCUGAAGCACUAAAAAAAUUGCAGGAACGUAGCAAGGCACCGUGGGCUCAAGCUCCUCAGGCACCACCUCCGACUUCGCACACAUCCCUCGCCGAAAUACAGAGGCUUGAACGUGAAAAGAAAGCUGAGAUGCAGAGAUUCCAGCAAAUGAUGAAUCAACAAAUGGAGCAGCGCAAGGCAGCGGAAGCGGUACAAGAAGCUUCCGCUUUAGAUUCAUCAAAACGUUUGCAAUUCAAAUGGGCCGAAAAAGCAACACCAACCACCAAACAACCUCAGGUCAAGAGUCUUGCGCAAAUUCAGCAAGAAGAGCAAGAGCGCAUUGCAAAAGUUAAGCAACAGGAAAAGGAACGUCAAGACAAAGUAUGUCAGAAGGAAGCUGCGGUUGCGUUGCAAAACGCUGGUAUAUGGGGAACGGCUUCACAGUCUUUGAAUUGGUCAAGCACGACAAAUUCCGGUAGUCAAGCAUGGACCGGAAGCUCCACAGGAGCUGGAGGUUUUUGGGAUGAACCGGCACCUUCGAAAGCUCCGGUCGUCGCAAAACAAACCGCUCCCAAACCAGUACAGGUCGCUGCUAAACCAACCACCACCAAUUCCACGCAGCAACAGCAACAACAGAAUAACAAAGUUAACAAGAGCAAAACCAAGAAAGACGAGGAACUCGUGAAAAAACUCUUCGAGAAUAACACUGCCAAGUCAGAUGACUUUACUCAAUGGUGUACCAGAACCUUGAGUGGACUUCAAGUAUCCGUGGAUAUUCCAACGUUCGUUGGAUUUUUACGAGACAUCGAGUCGGCUUACGAGGUUAAGGAAUACGUUCGAAUGUAUCUCGGUGAUAAUAAACAAUGCACCGAAUUUGGAAAGCAAUUUCUCGAGAAACGUAGCAAGUGGCGAUCGGCUCAGCGGCCACAGGCAGAGGCCGAUGAUCUGUGCAAACCAGCGCCUGCUGUGAAUCCAAAUGCUCCUACCGAAUUCCAGGAAGUUAAGGGCAAGGCAAAAAAACCGAAGAAGGGUAAGAUGUUCAAAGUGGACAGCAGAAUUCUCGGUUUUAGCGUAACAGCAGCAACCGAUCGUAUAAACGUCGGCGAUCGAGAUUACGGCGAGGGUGUUUGAGUUAUUCUCGCGUUUUGCCGUUAAAAACGAUUCGGGGAAGUUGCUCGCGCGUGCCACUCGAAAGGCUUUUCAAGACGGUUCGUUAUUUAUUUAUUUUCUUUUUUUUCGGUUUUUUAUUUUUAAAUUAUUUCUCUCUUUCUCUCGUUGCCACGUGAUUACCGAGGGCAAUACGUAUCUCGUCGAGAUAACUUCGUAUACGUGAAAAAGAUUUUCUGUGAAAAUGACGCUCGAGGAAAUGCGAAUAAGCCGUACGUAAAGUCUCGUGAUGCGAUGAACGACGAGACGAUUCUCAUGAAAUCCAAGACAAAAGGAUACAUCGAGAAUAUAAACAGAGAGACAUAUAUAUAUGUAUACGUAUGUGUGUGUAUAUACAUAUAUAUAUAUACGACUCCGUUAACGUGGCAACGAAAAAGGAAUAAAGAUGAAGCGUCUCUCGUUUUCAUGGAAUCAACAUUUUGGUUAUCCAAACUUGUAUUGUACAUAAUGUUCGAACGAGGACAUUUGACUUAUCGAUGUCAAAUUAUCAUGACUAGUGUAAGACGUUCUGUAUCGAAGAGUUUUUUAAUGCUGUUACUUUCGAUGCGUGUACCCAAGAUAAGCGAUAAAAGCACCAACAAUAAAGAAGAAGAAGAAGAAGAAAAAUCAUCACCAUCAAAGAGAGCUGAGGAAAAGAAAGAAAUAAAAACCGAGACGAUGGAGGAGGGUCAUGCUGCAAGCGGCAUCGCCCUCAAACCGCCGAUUGCAAUCGAAAAAAAAAAAAAAAACAUUGGUUGUUCUUGGCAAAAUAUAAAACGCAGAGUAAUAAUGUUCGACGGUAAUAUCCUUUUUUAAACCUGAAUUUCUAAUCCGAUCGUCGAUAUUCCCAUCCACAAAAAAACAGCCUCCAAUCGGAGAGUCAAAGUGCCAGUGAGUAUUUAAGACAUCGUCAAAAAUCAUCAUUCGAAUCGUACAGCGAUAUUUCAUACUGUUUUAUGGAGUGAUACUUGCAAAACUUUUACUCUCGAAAGAGUUGCAUGAAUUUUAGAUCGAUAAGAGUUAAAUUUUUGUAUUUUGUUUUUCUGUUAUUUUUCAUUUUCAAUGUGCUCUCAUCAGUUUAUUAGUCUUAUUACAAGCAGUGUUUUACGGAUACAUUUAUUCCGAUCGAAUAUAUUUUAUACAAGUAACGAGCUUACUAUUGGGAAAAAAAAUUAUUGACUUAUUGCACAAUGGCUUGAAGAGUGAAGAAGCUUUUGCACCAGUUUUAACGUCAAAUACCGUUUCCAAAAGGGUAAACUUUCUCUCAUGUCCUUUGCCAAUUCCCUGAGCCCUUCUUCUUCGCAAAUAUGUAUAUAGCAGAGUCCCAUUUAAAAGUUUAGUAGCUGGAGUCCACGAAUUUCAAAAUGUGGGCCCAAACGAUGCUCAAAGGCGUAGAGAUUUUUUAAAAAUUAUACGAUUUUUCGUUUCACCCUUUUGUGUGGGUAGAAAAAUAAUGAAAAAAAAAAAAACAUAUAUUAAUCGUUCCCCUGAGAUAUAUUCUCACGAGUAUUAAUUGAUCCGAAAGUGACCGGCGGAGCGAAGCAAGAGAGAGAGAAGGGGUGAGCUAUCGUACAGUAGGCAUACUUCGGAGAUUGAUUUCUUGAAAAAUCUUUAGAAAAUCUUGACCCGCAUAUCUGGACUUUUUAUUAGCUCAUAGUUUCAAAAGAAUCGAUAUAAAACAUUGAAAUGUUGCUAGAUUUGUUAAAUAAAGCGAAAAGAAGAAUAAACAGUCAAAUAUAAUAAUGAAAGAAGGCGAAUUCGCAGCUUCGAUAUUGAGACAUGUUCCAGGCGGUCCGUUACUUGGAAGAAAAGGGCGUUCCGCCCUCGAAAGAUUAAUGUAUAAAUAGGUAAAUGUAAAAUAUAAUAAUACAGUGAUAAUUCGAACGACACGGGAUAAAUGAAAUUAUGUAUCAUUACUAUUAUUAUUAUUAUUGUAUCUAAACGUACAGAACGAUAAAAUAAACAAUUAUUAUAUUUUCGA